AUAUAGCUAUGUUUAUUUUCAGUUACAAUUGUUUUAAGAAAAGACUCAAGAUCAAAAGUGAUGCCAUUUAAAAUGCAUCAUGCUCUGAAUCAUUCACCCUUUCCACAAUAUCAAACAGAACAGUCAGAGUAACAAACUAGUAAAAGAACGAGAACAUUAUUUCAAACAACCUGAUCUGUAGGCAUGGUGCCUAGCAAGGAAAGUCGCAUAGCGGCACCAACGUCAACUUGAAACUUGUCGUGGCCUUUGGUUGCCCAAACAAGAUUUUUCACAUCCGUGAAACCAUGAACAGCCCACGUUGGAGAUUUGCCAUUAUUCAUUAGCAAACAGGGCCAGCAAUACAGUCGAUUGCUAGUAAUGCUACCAGUAAGCCAUGAGUACCUACUACCUAGCAAACCAUGUAGCACCCACAACACUGACGUUGCCUUUACUUUUGGUGAUCUUGAUUUUGCCAAGUGGUCUUUUUCUUUGGUCGCUCACUUAGCACUGUAACUCAAUGAAUGGAAUGCUUUGUGUAAUUAAACAUUAACAAUGUCCUCUGUUUCCAAUGUUUCCAUUGUACACUUUAUUCGCAAAUGUAAGAAUCUCGUUAUCCUUCAGAUGAUUUCACCAAUUCACCUGCUUUGCGUCUCUGAGACUGAGCGGCAAUGCAGGAAGAGCGGGUUUUUUUAUCGACAGCGUUGCCAGAUUUCCCGCCCAAUGAUAAUUUUUCCAGCCUAACGUGGUUGAAAGUAGCCCAAUUGGGUGGGAAAUCUGCCCAAUCGGGCAACACUGCUCACCAGCCAGGGAUCCUGCUUAUAGGGAUGUCUAGUGUGACGUCAGACGUCCACUUCCGUGUCCAUUCGCAGCAGCAGCACAGGAACCGGUCACGUUUUAUACAGUGACAGCGUACUUUACAGACAUCCCAAAGUCUGUACAAAAGGGUCUUAACUCAUACAAUUCUAAAAGGGUAGUAUCAGUAUUAAUGUCAGGUGGAAGUCUGACAGGGAAAGUCCAGGCGUCAAUGAAAAAAAAAAAGCUACGAUGUUGAGGUGAGAAAGUAAGGGUGUUGAUAGCUACUGUCAAUACAGGGCUGUCUUUUAGCCGUGUUGGGGUUUGGUGAGGGUUAUCUAGAUUAGAUGUUUUCAGCGUAAUAGCAUAACAUACAACUUUAAAACAUAGCUAGACAGGUUAGUGAAUUUCGCAUUGGAAGCUAGCGAAAGCUAUCUAAUGUAAACACAGGGUGUGCGUUGCUGAUAGUCCUUUAGCUGUCUUAGGGUUUGAUGAGGGUUAGCGAGUUGAGUUGUUUUCACUCGGGUACACGUUGAGGGACAGGAGGUGAAGGCAAGUACCUGCUCUUGUGCUAUCGGGAUGGCCAAGUGUCACCAUGUAGUAGCCCUGCUGAUUUGGGCUGAAAAGAACCUAACCCGCACGGAUGUCGAGUGUGUGUGUGUGUGUGUGGAAGAGGGCCCCAGCACCCAAAACGGAUGAGGUCACAGCGAAGAGGGUGUCUGUGAUUGCACCUUCCACAUCUCAAGCUGGAAUAAAACGACCUGUCACCCAGGGGGACAGAGAAUGGAUACUGAACUCCUUGGCACAGCUGGGCCGUUUUACAGGUCUGGGUUGGAUUCUGGCACCAGAAACACCUCAGACCGUCCCUAUCAAGACCUUUGAUGGGGUAGUGACCAGCUCAGGUUAUGGCAAUGCAGAGGACAAAGCUCUGAUGGCAUAUCGCCACGAAAGAAUCACAGCCAGCAACUUCGGUUUGGUGUUGGCAGCAUUGAAGCGGAACUCUUACCCUCCUUCCUUAUUCAAAACCCUGCUAGGCCAAUACAACCUCAAACAAGGAUCUCAUGCUUGUGAUUGGGGAAUCCUCCAUGAGCCAAAGGCAAAGCAGGAAUACAUGGAGCGCACUGGUGUGACCAUCCAGGAGAGGGGAGUGUUCCUUUCUGACAGAUGGGACGUGGCUGAUGACUUCAUCAUUGAGGUGAAAUGUCCCUAUUCAGCCAGAACCAAGACCAACCUGCAGGCAGCGGAGAGGAAGGACUUUUUUCUAGAACUGGAUUUAGUCACUGGCUUACUGAAGCUCAAGCAAACACACAACCACUGGCAUCAGAUUCAGGGCAAUCUGCACCUGACAGGAGCCAACAAUUGUCAUCUUGUGGUGUGGACUCCUCUUGACCUUGUUAUCCUGCUUAUCCCUAAAGACCCAGCAUGGGCUAGCAACAUUAACAUUCUGGAAACAUUUUAAGGAUUGUUUCCUUCCUCGCAUACUUCUGCAUUCAUGACCUGUUUUAGUGCAGGAUUUCAUUCUUCUGCCGCUUGCCGGGCCACCAAGGUAUUUAUCCUUUUGUUUUGUUGUACAGUCUCAUCACACAGUACAUAACACACUACACAUAGUCAGAUGCCAUUUACACUGAUACCCCUAGUCUCUUUAAAAGGUCCCAUGACAUGCCAUCAGGUGUGGUGUGAUUAGCCGUUACAAGCCGUUUUGGAAA